AUGAAGCAAAUUGGCCGACAGGCCACUCUGGAUGGGGUUUUCCGUCCUCGCAGUCCUAAAAGCAAGGAGUUUGAGCUGCCACCAUCUCUUCCCCCUACUCCACCUGCUCCCGCUUCGCCAUCUCCACCCGCUUCACCUGCAAGACAAGAACGUGCUGUAUCAUUCAUCAGCAUCACAUCCGACGAAAAUGAGCCUGACGUUCAAGAAUAUACGGGGCCACCGCUCUGCGAGGAGCAGCAAGAUCUUGUCGACAUCAUCAUGAGCGGCAAAAACGUCUUCUUUACUGGUUCAGCCGGCUGUGGCAAAUCAACUGUCCUCAAAGCUGCCAUCGCUCAGCUCGAAGCUGCUGGGAAAACCGUCGCUAUUACUGCGCCUACGGGGAGGGCCGCCCUCAACGUUGAUGGUAUCACUUUGUUUUCAUUUAUGGGCUGGGGGGCCAUUAAACAUCCCAAAAUGAGUUUGGCCGGCCUCAAAGAUGAUAUAUGCAAGAAACCGAAUAAAAAGGUCCGGAAGAUUCUCCAAGCCACGGAUGUUUUGAUUAUUGAUGAGCUACCGCCGGUACUACCAUUCCAGCAUUGCUGCCAAUGUGGAACAGAGCUAGAUAUACCGUACCAAGAGGCGGAUCACCCCGUUGACAGGAUAAUUGAGUGUUCCUGUGGCCACGGGCCUUGGAAUUAUGAGGAAGACAGGUGGGCUUUCAGAAGUCCUGCGUGGGAAGCAGCCAAGUUUGCGGUCGAGGCGAAGAAAAUAAACGCAAAGAAGUUGGAGGAGAUCACCGAUUACACAUCAAAGGACUACACAUGCGAGGAUGGUAUCUGGUUUCCCCCAUCGUACGACGGACCAAAGGAUUACCUGGGAGAGCGCACUAAGGAAAAUACCUUGAAGAGAUUCGAUGACCACCGGUUCAACAAAAAAGUCGAGCUCAAACAAACACAGCUCGUCAUGCUCCAGGUUAACCUCAAUCUGAAAAAGGGCCUUGCCAACGGUAGCCAAGGUGAAAUCGUCGGCUGGGAAAAGAUUGACAAGGAUAGACUACCAUCAUACGAAGGGAAAGAUGGCUGUCUCAAAGAAGAACAUGUUCUUCUGUUCACAGAGGAAUAUUUAAGGAAGUUUCCCAACCCAGAUGAUCAAGUCUGGCCGGUCGUGCGCUUUAAUAAUGGCUACAGAAAGACUAUCUACCCUGUCUGCGUCAUUAACCACAUGGGCUACCAGUCGCAAGUACUGAUAUACAGAACUCAGAUCCCCCUCAUACCGGGCUGGGCAAUCACUAUACACAAGAGUCAGGGGAUGACUCUUGAUCAAGUCAUUGUCAAGCUGGAUAAGGUUUUUGAGGUGGGGCAGGCGAAGUAUUGGCAAGUACUUCAGGAAGCCUAUUAUAUGAAAAGGCUGUUGGAACUUGAUCGGCAUCAGUGA